AUGGCAGGACGAGACUCGGAGGCGCCAAAACGCAUGGGAAUCACCGAUCCUGGCAGCACACUAUUCAGCCGCGACGAAUUAGUUUCGAUGUCUGCUAAUCCCCGAAACCAGUCUAAGCCAGGAUGGUUCCACGAGGAUGAGUUCCACGAGCUGGCUCUUCAAAUCGCCGUAGAGGAGAAGAAUACUUAUGACGGGAAGGAUGUCUCUUUUGAGACGUUUUUGGACGGACAGAUUAUACAAGAUAUUAAAUCAGCCUUGAAUAGCGUGGGAGAUUUCUAUCCGGACGGGUCUGACAACUCGACCCGACAAAAUGAUCACCACCUGCAGCAAGCACUGGAUGAAGAACCGCCGCAUUUUUCCGUCGAUGAGCGGCUUGCACUUACUUCCCAGACUGGCGAGCAAUGCUCUUUGGGCGUCGAUGAACCGGACGGCAUAUCGACCGAAUACCCGGUCGAAGAAGAACCACGACAGCUUCCACCGCCUACGAACGAAGCUAUUGACGAGAGCUUCUACGAUGGCGUAUUCGACGAAUAUCCCCAGCCCGGCGAAGCCGCGGACUCUUGGCACAUGGACGCCACCUUGUCCCGAAUUUCGCUGGAGUUUCUCGUAAAGCGCCUUCCUACCUUUCAAUUGAUCUCGAACCUAGCAAUGAAUUGCUUGAUGAUGAACGAGGAAGCGCGGGAUCUUGCAAAACGAUCGCAUCGUGAAACACUCGAUCCUGACCCGUCACGACCAGUCAAAAAACGAAGAAUUUCUGGGAAUGCUGAAACGCCACAUGCGCGAAAGGAGUUCAGUGAAAGUACCCAACCCGGAACUGUAAGAAGAACCAAAUUGGGCCAGUACGAAGCUUCACCACCAUCGUCGGCACCAAAGUCAUCUGCCCCUCAGCAAACGAUUCGCCCACGGGCGGCUUCGCAGAUGACCAACGGUCGACUGAAUUUUCCAGUCAUCAAAGACCCGAAUGACCCAUUCAAUAUCCUACGAUUCAGCCAAGGCGACGACAGUUCAUCAAAGAAUGGCCUCGGAUCCUCCCAACCUGUGCCAAACUCAUUUCCCUCUAGUUGUUCGACGAGGAGCACCCCGGGUGAUGCCAGCGAAGCCGGUUUACCUUUCAACUUGAUACGUCAUUUGCCCUUGACGGUAGUAGAGAGAAGAGUUGCGCUUGAUCCACAUGUCGCCAAAGUCAUCUCAAGACUCCAUUACUCCUUCCUUUUCCGCCGUCUACCACCCUGUGUCUCUUCGAACCCCCUUCUCCCGGGACCACGGAAAUUGAGACAACGAUGA